AUGCAGAAUUGGCUGCGAGGCUUCCUCAUCGACCGGAAAUUCUGUGUCCGUAAUGGCAAAUCGGAAUCUGCGCGGUAUUCUUCUCCCAGUGGGGUCUCCCAAGGCUCGGUUCUUGGUUCAUUGCUCUUUGUGGUUUAUGUGAAUGGCCGGCUCGGUCAGCUGUGCAGCCCUUCCUUCAUGUAUGCGGAUGACAUCAAAGUCUGGCGUACAAUCGAGAGUGUGAAUGAUCCAAAUUCUCUUCAAGCGGAUUUGAACAACCUGGGCGGACACCUGGGCUCUUCCGGACAACACCGCAAAGUGUGCUACCCUGCACUUGAGGAGUGCUGA